AUGCAGGAGCACAUUUGGGCUGAGAGCAUCGAGGGGGCGAUAUAUGAUAUUAUCCCUUACUUGGACGAUCGAGAGAAGGCCAGAGCAGAGGAUAGAGGGGGCGUAUACAAGUCCAUAUACUUCAAUGGAUGGUUCAGCGGAGUGGGUGCUUCUGCGGUUCUUAGAGCCAUAGCAGAGGACCCUCCUCAAUCUUUAACAAAGAAAUUUGACAAGAUCAUCCACAUUGAUUGCUCGAGGUGGAAGAGCCGAAGAGCAUUGCAGAGGACAAUCGCUGAUGAGCUCAAGCUUUCUCAACAUGCAAUGGCUCUUUUUGAUAGGCAAGACGAGGAGGAUGAUUUCAGCAUGGUAGGUGAAGGCUCCAGAGCUGAGAUAGGAGAAAUCACAAGAGUGAUAUUUCUGUCCCUUUUACAACACACUUGUUUAGUUCUCUUUCACAGUGGAGGUAAUGAUAUUGUAGACCUAUAUGACUAUGGUCUUCCUCCAGUCGGAGCAUUUGGUAAUAAGGUAUUGUGGACCUUCGGAGGGAGGCUUCGUCGUGUCAGUGAAACUACAAAUAAGCUAAAUAAGUCACACUUAUUUAUUUCUGCAGUUAAAAUGUAUACAGGUUGUAGCAUUUUACUUUGGGAAGAGGCUACGGAAAUCUCUUUGUACACACAUAAGCUUGGCCUUGGUGUCUCACCUGAGGUAACUAGAGAGUGCCUUUUGUACCUAUUGUCACUGGACCAUAAUCGAGGAAGCAAUAUCAUAGACUACAAUUGGACAAUACAUGCUGCCAACUACUGGGUUUGUGAUGGGAUCAUUGUGCAAGGAGGCCAAGACAACAAAAAAGUGUGGGAGGUUGCCCGUGCUCUUCAUCAGGAGAUACGUCUAGAGGACUACUCAUCUAAUUCUAGGCCAAAUGAUUGGGGUGAUCAAUUGUAUACUCCUCUAGAUCGUUGGAUUUUUACCACCAAGUCUAAUAUACACAUUACGGCAGACACAACGUCCAUUUUUCUUGCAUCCAAAAGUGGGUCUACAUCUCAUCAACCAUUAGUAUCAUUACCCAUUGACAUGUUUCAUCAAGCAGACCAACUCCGAGUGCUCAAAUUAUGCCAUUGCACCUUCAAUUUUUUGUCACCACCUUUCCAUUGUUGUCAUAACUUAAGAUUCCUUGGACUAGAUAGCUGCAUGGAUUCACCCCAAGGAAGAGAAGAUAGCCAAGGUGCGUUGGAAAUUUUUCAAAGGCUAUGGGUACUAGAUAUUUGCAAUACAGACUGGGAAUUGGAUUUUCCUCAGGAAACAGAACAGACAAUGCAUGCAAUUAUUCGAGAGAUACAUAUAAAGAAUGGUAGGAUUUGGCACAAAAAUCUUGCAUGGAGGCGAUUGCAGAACCUUCACAAGCUUCGAGUAAUUGAGCCUACCAGCUCUUGGGGGACAGGAGAAAUGGACGAAUUCAUAGAUAUGGUAAAGUUGGAGCACCUUGACCUUUCUGGAAACAGUAAAAUACAAGUUCUGCCGACGUUGGCAAGGGUAGCUGGCCUCAAGAAUCUGGUCCUAGAUGGUUGUGUCAGGUUGAAGAAAAUUAGCCCUGAAGGUCUACCUCCAUUACUUGAAACUUUUCGCUUCGAUGCAGGAUCAAAUCCAAUGGUUGCAGCCCAACUUGUCAAGAUCUCUUUGGCUGGUUGUGUACGUUUAAAGAAUUUCUUGCUGUGUGGAGCAUUGCCAGAGCUUGAGGAAUUGAACCUAUCAGGAACCUCAAUCAGAAAAGUUGACCUUAGUGAUGAGGUGGUGCGAGUGCAAGGACUGAAGAAAGUCUUUCUGAUCGACUGUAAGCAGCUUCGUGCAAUACUAUGGUGGAAACACCCAACAAGGAGACUGGAGGUGCUAUGCAUUGACAACCAUGAAAGAAACAGUAGCGACCAAGGAAGAGCUCCUAGCUCUGAUCCUUCGUCCAUCAGAAUCCAACAAAAAAACCACGAUGGAUAUGUGAUUACAAGUGAUGCAAGGAUCAUUCAGUCGUUGCUGGUGGAUUUUGAUGACUUGAUUACUAGGAGCUUGUAUCUAUAUUUGUAUAUACCACCUUCCACUUCUAGCCGCAGAUAUAAAGGGAAAAGCAUUAGCAGCACCGGUGAGGCUGUUAUUACCACCAAAACAAGCUGCUACAAUGAUGUCUUGCUUCAUCUUGAUCAGGGGAUUGUUGGUACUGCUUAUGAUCAGCAUGACAUCACCUCAUGGCCUGCACCCUCAGAUUUUCAUGUCGAGGUUGGUGAAGGGAUCAGCCUCACUAAUGUGGAGAGCAACAAGGGAAUCCAAGCUAUAGAUUUGAUGAUAUGUCAGCGGAUGAAAUCCAUGCAUGUGCAUGAUAAUUCAAGAAUGGCUAGCGUUAACCCCAAGCUCCCAAGUGCAGUAAGAGCACACCGAUAUAUCAAUCUAGAAUGGUGUCGUGUGGAGAGAUGCCCAAAGUUACAGGCAGUGUUUGAUUCCCACAAUAGUGAGGUCUUUUAUAGUUUUGAGUCAUUGGAGAUCAUUUGGGCAUCCGACCUCCUCGCAGCUGGUUGCAUUUGGCAUAAAGAAACAAUCGCGAAUAGUUACGCCACUUUUAUUGCACUAGGGAGCAUACACUUGCACAACUGUCCAAUGCUCAAGUAUGUCCACCCAUUCGGAGACUUCACCUUGCCCAGCUUGGAGACUCUCCACAUAACGCACUGUGCUCAUCUGAGGCAUAUCUUCCCGCGGGAAGCUGCAGCACAGCAUACAGUAAAGGAAUUCAAGAUGCUGAAGCACAUUUACCUGGACGAGCUCCCCAGCCUAGAAGGGAUAUGCGAGGGAUGCUCCAUGUCCGCCCCCAAGCUCCAAUGCGUCAACCUCAGGGGCUGCUCGUCCCUCAGGCACCUUCCGGCGGUCGACUGCCACCCUCGCCCUAUUGUGAACUGCGAGAAGGACUGCUGGGACAAGCUGGAGUGGGACGGCCUGGAAGUUGCCCACCACCCUUCUCUCUAUGAGAUGUGCCAAUCGUCAUCCUACUACAAGAAUCCGCUCCCGAGAGGCACACUUCUCCGGUAA